AUGACUACCACUAAAGCUAACCUCACCCAAUUCGAGCAGGAACUUGUGGACAAAGCAGUGGGAGCAAUGGAGAAGGCUUACUGCAAGUACAGCGGCUUCAAAGUGGGAGCUGCGUUGGUGUGUGAAGACGGAGAAAUAAUUAUUGGAGCGAACCAUGAGAAUGCGUCAUAUGGAGCAACGAUUUGUGCAGAGCGAAGUGCAAUGGUAACAGCCCUGACAAAGGGACACAGAAAAUUCAAACUUCUGGCUGUUGCCACGGAACUCGAGGCACCAUGUUCACCAUGUGGAAUUUGCAGACAGUAUUUGAUUGAAUACGGGGACUACAAGGUCAUUCUUGGAUCCUCGACUAGCGAUCAAAUAAUCGAGACGACUACUUAUGGACUCUUGCCUUAUGCAUUCACGCCAAAGUCUUUGGAUGACCACGAAAAGGAGACGGAAGAGAGAAAUCAUCAAGAAGGAGAGAAGAAACACUAA